GCGUCGUCCUCGGUGCCGCCGGGCGGCGGGGGGGUGGGCUCCGUGCGCGGCGCUGGCGCUGGGGUGGGCGCUGGGGUGGGCGCUGGGCGCGGAGCCCCCCCCACCGCUGCCGGCCCGACGCCGCGCUCCUGCCGCCGCCGCUGCGCCGCCUGGCGGGGACCGCGCUCCUCCGCGCCGCCGUCCCGCGCCUCCGCGCCGGAUGGAGCCCCUGCCAGCUCUACCGCUACCGCCCCGCCGCCGGCACCGGCACCGGCACCGGCACCGGGAGCGCCCGGCCCAACGGCACCGGGCCCUGUACGCGGGGCUGGCACUACGCCCUGCCCGCCGCCGGCCUCCGCUCCAACCUCGUCACGCAGUGGGACCUGGUGUGCGCCUCGCGCUGGAAGGUGCCCCUGGAGCAGACCACGCACUUGCUGGGCUGGAUGCUGGGUAGCGUCGCUGCCGGCCUGGCCUGCGACAGGUUCGGCCGCCGGCCCGCUUUCGUGGUGUCCCUGGUGCUGGCGGUGCCCCUGGGCCUCGGCGUGGCGCUGGCCGUGGAUUUUGUCAUGGUCCUGGUCGCACGGCUGCUCUUCGGGGCGGCACUGGCGGGCGCCUUCGUCUCCCUCUACGUGGCAAGGUUGGAGCUGUGUGACCCCCCGCACCGGCUGGGGGUGACGAUGGUGGCCGGCUUCUUCUGGAUCGCCGGGGAGCUGCUGCUGCCGGGGCUGGCCGUGCUGUGCCGGGACUGGCGGGUGCUGCAGGGUGCCGUCACCAUGAUCCUGGCUCUGCUGGCUGCCUGCUGGUGGUCCCCGGCGCUGCUGCUGGAGUCGCCGCGCUGGCUGCUGGCCACGCGGCAGCUGGAGAAGGCCAGGAAGACCCUGCAGGCGCUGGCCGAAAACAGCGGCCCCGGCUCCGACGACAGCUCCUGCCACCAGGAGAGCCUUCUCGAGGAGCUGGAGUCCCUGUCUGAGGGGUCCCCGCAGCCCCGGUACCACGCCGUCUGCGAGAUCUUCGGCACCAGGGUCAUCUGGAAGAACGGCGUCAUCCUCGGCUUUGCGGCGUUCAUCGGCUCCGGCAUCCGCCACUGCUUCACCCGCAACCUGGCCCCCCACCUGCCCCACUUCUUCUCCUCUUACUACGUGGUGGUGGGCACCGAGGCGGCCGCCUGCCUCUUCGUCUGCCUGACGGCCGAGCGCUUCGGGCGCCGCGCCGUCCUCCUGCUCUGCACCGUCCUCACCGGCAUCUCCUCUCUCCUGCUGCUGGCCCUCACCCAGUACCUGCUGGACCUCAUUGUCCUGACCCUGUCCGUUGUGGGCAUCACCGCCUCCCACGCCGUCACCAUGCUCAGCAUCUUCUUUGCCAGCGAGGUGCUCCCCACCGUGGUCAGGGGUGCCGGGCUGGGUCUCGUCGUGGGGGCCAGCUUCGUGGGCAAGGCGGCCGCCCCCAUCACCGCCAUCCCCAACAGCCGGGGCUUCUUCCUGCACCACGUGGUGUUCGCCUCCUUCGCCAUCCUCGCCGUCCUCAGCAUCAUGCUGCUGCCGGAGAGCCAGGGCCGCGGCCUGCCUCAGUCUUUGCAGGAUGGCGAGAGCCAGCGCCGGCCACCCCUCUUCCACCGGCCCCCCCGUGAGGACCACCUACCCCUGCUUGCCCCCCACAGCAUCCCCCACGACUACUCCCACCUCGCCGCCUCCGCCAAGAGGAUGCUGGGCUCCCCGGCCGCCCCACCGUGAGACAUAGCUGUGUCCCACCCCAGGCUCUCCCUGCUGCUGGGGGGGGGGCUGAGUGUGGUGCUGGGACCCCCAUCCCCUCCCCCCGUGGAGCACUGGGGCCCCCAUCCGUGGGCGCCCGUGGGGACGGCGGGGCGCACCUGGACACAUGCAAUGGCUGGGGGGGGGGGUGGGGAGCAGCGCACCCACCCCACGGCGGGGCCGGAUCCUGCCCCAGGAGGAGCUGUGCUGGGAGUCCUGGGGUGGGGGUGAUGCCCCCCAGGGUGUUUGCGGCGGGUGCUCGCGGGCUGCCAAUAAAAGUGCCUUGUUUCUACAGGCGGCUGGCGUGGCUGGGGGCCCCGCGUGGUGCCCCUGCCACUGGC